CUUUCUCUUCCGGUCCCUGGCGCUUCGGGAGCCGCGGGCUUCUGUGCAGAGAUGACCGAGUCCAAGAACCACACCACGCACAACCAGACCCAAAAAUGGCACAGAAACGACAUCAAGAAACCCUGGUCACAAAGAUACAAAUCUCUUAAGGGGGUAGACCCCAAGUUCCUAAGGAACAUGCGCUUUGCCAAGAAGCACAAUAAGAAGGCCCUGAAGAAAAUGCAAGCCAACAACGCCAAGGCCAUGAGCACACGCACUGAGGCCAUCGAGGCCCUGGUCAAGCCCAAGGAGCCCAGGCCCCAUAUCCCAAAGGGCAGCAGCCGCAAACUCAAUCAACUUGCCUACAUCGCUCACCCCAAGCUUGGGAAAUGUGCUCGUGCCCGCAUUGCCAAGGGGCUCAGGCUCUGCUGGUCAAAGGCCAAGGCCAAGGCGGAAACCAAGCCCCAGGCUGCGGGGGCGGCUGCAGCUCAGGCUCCCAAAGGGGCCCAGGCCCCCACAAAGGCUCCACAGUAGAGGCCUCUGUCUGCCGACGUGAAGACAGAAGGACUGGUGGGACCCCUGGGCUGCUGUCUGCGUGGCACUGGUGUCCUCCUGUGCUGUUUAUACAAAUAAACCUGUGGCAGGAAAAAAAAAAAAA